AGGCUCCUCCCCCCGCUGCUGCUGCUGAUGCAAGAGCUGAGCGCGGCGGCGAGGGCGAGAGAGAGGAGUCGGGAGCUGCAGCGUGACCCCCGCCCGAGUUCCUUCGCCGGCAGAGUCGGGCCCUCGCUCGCCCUUUUCCUCUCAGACGGGGCCCCUCUUUGCCUUCCUCCUUGACCACCAGGCCGAGUCGGAGCCAUGUCGGGAGACGAGAUGAUUUUUGAUCCCACUAUGAGCAAGAAAAAGAAGAAGAAAAAGAAGCCUUUUAUGCUUGAUGAAGAAGGAGGUGACACACAAACAGAAGAAACACAGUUAUCAGAAACAAAAGAAGUCGAGCCAGAGCCAGCAGAGGACAAGGAUACAGAAGCUGAUGAAGAAGACUUCCGGAGAAAAGAUGCGUCAAAUGACCUAGAUGACCUAACCUUCUUCAAUCAAAAGAAGAAGAAGAAGAAAACUAAAAAGAUAUUUGAUAUAGAUGAAGCCGAAGAGGGUGUAAAGGAACUGAAAAUUGAGGGUGACGUACCAGAGCCAGUAGAACCAGAAGAUGACCUUGAUAUCAUGCUUGGAAGGAAGAAGAAAAAGAAGACUGUGAAGUUUCCAGAUGAGGAUGAAGUGAUGGAUAAGGACGAAGCAUUGGAGGAUGAAGACAGCAAAAAAGAUGAUGGAAUCUCUUUUAGCUCGCAGUUGGGACCUGCAUGGGCAGGCACAGAGAGGGAUUACACAUAUGAUGAGUUGCUGAAUCGAGUAUUUAACAUUAUGCGGGAAAAAAAUCCAGAUAUGGUAGCUGGUGAAAAAAGAAAAUUUGUCAUGAAGCCUCCCCAAGUUGUAAGAGUAGGAACCAAGAAAACAUCAUUUGUCAACUUCACAGAUAUUUGUAAGCUAUUACAUCGCCAGCCGAAGCAUCUCCUGGCUUUUUUGCUUGCAGAAUUGGGUACAAGUGGCUCUAUAGAUGGUAAUAACCAACUUGUAAUCAAAGGAAGGUUCCAACAAAAACAGAUAGAAAACGUCUUGAGAAGAUAUAUCAAGGAAUAUGUCACCUGUCAUACGUGUCGGUCACCUGAUACUAUCUUACAGAAGGACACCAGAUUAUAUUUUUUGCAGUGCGAAUCUUGCCAUUCGCGCUGCUCUGUUGCCAGCAUCAAAACUGGUUUCCAGGCUGUCACGGGCAAGAGAGCGCAGCUCCGUGCCAAAGCUAACUAGUUGGUUGAUCGACACUGGAUUUUGCAAAGUGAUCUGGGCACAAAUGGCUGGACAGGCUUACAACCUGAAUGGAUUUCCAAUGUAUUAAAAAACAAGAUUGUAAAAGCUGCUUGGCUUUGGGUUGGUCUGUGAAAUUCUUGCAAGAUACAGAUCCUCAAACUGUUGACAUUCGCUAACUGAAUAUUUUACCAACUGUCAGAAGUGUGAUGAAAAAGGAGGUGCUUUUUAAUCUGUUCAUAGACUUCUGUAAAAUGCAAGAAAAAUUAAAGUUAUUAUAACAGUGA